AUGGAAAAAGUAAUGAGAAAUGAACCCAAGCUUCUGCCCCUCAAGCUCAGUGUGAUGUUGAGACAAAUGGUACCUCCUGUUCCCAAUAGGCCCAGGCCCCGAGAGGCCAAGAUUAAGGCUCGAGACCAUCGCGGCAAGAAGGAGAUGCUGAAACAGCUGGGAGACCUAAAGGUGGAGCUGUCCCAGCUGCGCGUGGCUGAAGUGACAGGCGGUGCGGCUUCCAAACUCUCCAAGAUCCGAGUGGUUCGUAAAUCCAUUGCCCGCGUACUGACCGUCAUUAACCAGACUCAGAAAGAGAACCUCAGGAAAUUCUAUAAGGGCAAGAAGUACAAGCCCCUGUAUCUGCGGCCCAAGAAAACACGUGCCAUGUGCCGCUGGCUCAACAAGCAUGAAGAGAACCUGAAGACCAAGAAGCAGCAGCGGAAGGAGCGGCUGUACCCACUCCAGAAGUACGCCCUUAAGGCUUGA